UCAUUAACCAACCUUCUACCCAAAAUCCCUUCCAGCUUUUAUCUCACCACCGCAUCCGUCUAGAGUGGCGCUUCCCACUCGCAGUCCCCGCCGGAGGAAAAAACCCCCCACCUGCUUUUUGUAUCGGCGCAUAUCGCCCCCUGCCGGAACCGACGAAACAGUAUUCCGAACGCCGCACCGGUGGCCUUCCAGCUCGCGAUUUCUUCCAGUUUAGGUAAGAAUGCCAACUGGAGCUGUCCCGGUUUCAUUUCCAGGACUGAGUGGCAGGGGAAAUGGAUUGGUGUUCGGUAAAAGUAUUGGUUUUUCCAGAGUGAGUGACUUGCAGAGGGCUAAGUUUCACCGAUCAAAGGCGCUUGUGAUCAGAAAUUCCAAUCCUGGCCCUGAUAUGGUUGACCUUCGGCCCGCAUCAGCAGAGAGUCCGUUACUAGUUCCUAGGACAAAAUAUUGUGAAUUUACACACAAAACAAUACGGAGAAAAACUGGAACUGUGAUGGUUGGGAACGUCGCAAUUGGUGGGGAACAUCCUAUAAGAAUCCAGACUAUGACCACCACAGAUACUAAGGAUGUUUCUGGAACUGUCGAACAGGUAAUGAAAAUUGCUGAUACUGGAGCAGACAUUGUCCGCAUAACAGUGCAAGGCAAGAGAGAAGCCGAUGCAUGCUUUGAAAUAAAAAACUCUCUUGUUCAAAAGAAUUAUAAUAUUCCUUUGGUGGCAGACAUUCAUUUUGCUCCUUCUGUUGCUCUUCGAGUUUCGGAAUGCUUUGAUAAGAUUCGUGUCAACCCUGGAAACUUUGCUGACAGACGGGCCCAGUUUGAGAAGCUAGAGUACACAGAGGAAGAUUAUCAGAAUGAACUUGAGCAUAUUGAGGAGGUGUUUACACCAUUGGUUGAAAAAUGCAAGAAAUAUGGGCGAGCAAUGCGUAUUGGUACAAACCAUGGAAGCCUAUCAGAUCGCAUCAUGAGUUAUUAUGGGGAUUCGCCAAGGGGGAUGGUUGAAUCUGCAUUUGAGUUUGCAAGAAUUUGUAGGAAGUUGGACUUUCAUAAUUUUCUCUUCUCAAUGAAAGCUAGCAACCCGGUUGUUAUGGUCGAAGCGUACCGUCUUCUAGUAGCUGAGAUGUACAUCCAAGGAUGGGAUUAUCCAUUACACCUGGGUGUCACUGAAGCUGGUGAGGGGGAAGAUGGGCGGAUGAAAUCUGCUAUUGGUAUCGGAACACUACUGCUGGAUGGUUUGGGUGAUACGAUCAGGGUUUCCCUUACUGAACCUCCAGAAGAAGAGAUUGAUCCGUGUCGGCGGCUGGCAAACCUCGGUAUGCGAGCAGCUCAACUUCAGCAAGGAGUGGAACUGUUUGAAGAGAAGCACCGCCGUUAUUUUGAUUUUCAACGUCGAAUAGGGCAGUUGCCAGUUCAAAAAGAGGGUGAAGAGGUGGAUUAUAGAGGUGUUUUGCAUCGAGAUGGUUCUGUCCUCAUGUCUGUCUCCUUAGAUCAGUUGAAGGCACCUGAACUUCUAUACAAAUCAUUAGCAACAAAACUGGUUGUUGGCAUGCCAAUUAAGGAUUUAGCAACUGUGGACUCAAUUUUAUUAAGAGAGCUUCCACCAGUUCACGACACAGAUGCUCGUUUGGCUCUCAAGAGGUUGAUAGACAUUAGUAUGGGAGUUAUCACUACUUUAUCAGAGCAAUUAACGAAGCCAUUUCCUAAUGCCAUGGUCUUGGUUACUCUCAAGGAAUUAUCCAGUGGUGCUCACAAACUUCUCGCAGAAGGCACUCGAUUGGUUGUGUCGGUACGCGGUGAUGAACCCCAAGAAGAAUUGGAGUUCCUCAAGAGCUCUGAUGCUACGUUGAUACUUCACAAUCUACCAUGCACUGAAGAAACAGUUAGCCGAGUUCAUGCUGCAAGGAGGCUGUUUGAAUAUCUUUCAGAAAAUUCCUUGGAUUUUCCAGUAAUUCAUCAUCUUGAUUUUCCCAAGAACAUUCACAGGGACGACUUAGUAAUUGGUGCGGGGACCAAUGCUGGUGCCUUAUUGGUAGAUGGGCUUGGAGACGGUGUGCUGUUAGAAGCCCCUGAUAAUGAUUUUGAUUUUCUUAGAAACACAUCUUUCAAUCUUCUACAAGGAUGCAGAAUGAGGAAUACAAAGACAGAGUAUGUCUCAUGCCCAUCAUGUGGCAGAACUCUAUUUGACCUUCAAGAGAUAAGUGCAGAAAUACGGGAGAAGACGUCACACUUGCCUGGUGUUUCAAUUGCUAUCAUGGGCUGCAUUGUGAAUGGACCUGGGGAGAUGGCUGAUGCAGACUUUGGGUACGUUGGUGGUGCUCCUGGGAAGAUAGAUCUCUAUGUUGGAAAGAGUGUUGUAAAGCGGGGAAUUGCAAUGGAGGAAGCCACAGAUGCGUUGAUCAACCUAAUUAAAGAACAUGGGCGCUGGGUGGACCCUCCAGCAGAAGAUUAGUACGGUGUACUCUACUCUAUACCUUCGUCCCACCUUAUACCCAUCAAUAUCGGUAUAAUACACAGGACCCUGGGGAUAUGGUUCAUCCUUUUGAAAUUGUUCGUUACGAGUAUUGUUACUUCUCUGCUAUUCAUGUACCAAUAAAACUUCUAUUCAUGUAUAUGUAUGUAUGUAUGCAUACUAAUAACUACCACAUCAUGUGUAUCAAAGUGAACUGCUAAAAGUGACCAUGUACUUGAAUAAAAGGUGCCAUAGUUU